CACACACACACACAGGUGGGGAGGCCGGGGCUUGAACCAGUUCUUUGCUUGGGUCCUUGUGCUUUUUACUAUUUGCAUUUAACCCAGCUUGCCACCGAACAACCCCUAUUUUGUCCCUUCUUUAUAUGCAAGUGUACCUAAGACUUAGUAAAAGUAACUCCUCUGAAAUCACACAGAUCAGAAAGCUGGGGUUGAGGCAUAAAUCUCUGCUAAUCCCAGAGUCCCGCACUCCUUUUCCACCACCUAGAUCACGGGCUUGAGACAACAAAUAAGGACUUGACACUUGGUGAAACACUUGGUAGUGGAUCCCGAAAGUGAGGGGCAUACUACAUGUUAGGAAUGAGGGAGAUGGACACGUGUAGCACACAGGAUUUGAUGAAACACUUCAGGACUAUUCUGGGUGGAAAGUGGAGUUUUAGUAUUAAUCUGAAUACUCUCUAAUUUAGUCUAAAUGCUACAGAGCAGUAGUUGGUACUGAACAUGCUGCAGGGAGGAGUUCAGGGACAGGAUAGAGCUUUAUGUGUCUGAAAGUAGCGACUUAGGCCAAAUAACCAAACAGGAAUUGGAACAAAAUUAUACAAAUUAAGGUCAGAAAUUUCCUGUCCAACCCACAGGGUGGAAUUUUCUCCACUACUGUCCCUCUUACUGAAUAUAAACCCUGAUUAAUUAGGAGUAUCUGGUAGGACUCUUAGCUCAGUAUCCAUCAUGCAUCUCAAGAUAGCCCUUGUGUUCCUGGCUCUGUCUGUCAUUACCAUCUUUGCCCUGGCCUGUGUCUUGCUGACCACUCGAACCAGCGCUGGCCAGCCUCCCCACUGCCCCUCCACACCGCCCAGCGCCCAGCCCUGGACACACCCAGGCCAGAGCCAGCUGUUUGCAGACCUGAGCCGAGAGGAGCUGACAGCCGUGAUGACCUUCCUUACACAGAAGCUGGGACCAGGCCUGGUGGAUGCGGCCCAGGCCCUGCCCUCAGACAACUGCAUCUUCUCUGUGGAGCUGCAACUGCCCCCAAAGGCUGCGGCCCUGGCCCACCUGGACGGGGCCGGCCCCCCACCGGCCCGGGAGGCGCUGGCCAUCGUCUUGUUUGGUGGACAAGCCCAGCCCAACGUGAGUGAGCUGGUGGUGGGGCCUCUGCCACAGCCUUCGUAUGUGCGGGAUGUGACUGUGGAGCGGCAUGGGGGUCCCGUGCCCUUCCACCGACGCCCCGUGCUGAAAACUGAAUAUGAUCAUAUGUGGAAAUAUUUGAAAGAGGUGGAGCUACCCAAGGCACCUGUCUUCCUAGCUUCUGUCUUCAGUUACAAUGGCUCCACUUUGGCAUCUUUGCUCGGUACCAUAGGAGGCUUUCGAACAGGGGACCGUGCUAACUGGAUAGCCCUCUACCAUAAUGUAUCCAGUGUUGGUAUUUUCCUCCACCCAGUGGGGCUGGAGCUACUCCUGGAUCACAAGGCCCUAGACCCUGCUCAGUGGACUGUCCAGCAGGUCUUCUACCUUGGACGCUACUAUUCAGACCUGGGUCAAUUAGAAUGGGAGUUUAAGGCAGGCCGGGUGGAUGCAAUUAAAAUUCCUCUCCCCACAGUAAAUGGAGCUUCAUCCCUAAGGUCCCGGGUCCCCCCAGGUCCUCUUCCACCUCUUCAUUUCUCACCCCAGGGUUCCCAGUUCAGUGUACGUGGGAACCUGGUGGUAUCCUCCCUUUGGACAUUUACCUUUGGUCUUGGGGUAUUUAGUGGCAUGAGGAUUUUUGACGUUCGCUUCAAGGGUGAACGAGUGGCCUAUGAAAUCAGUGUCCAGGAGUGUGUAUCUGUCUAUGGUGCUGAUUCACCCAAAACAAUGGUGCUUCAAUACUUGGAUGGCACUUAUGGACUUGGCCUUUAUAGCCGGGGCUUGGUACGUGGAGUGGAUUGCCCUUACCAGUCUACAAUGGUGGAUGUACAUGUACUGGUGGGCAAAGGGACAGCCCAGCUGCACCCAGGAGCUAUCUGUGUAUUUGAAGAGGCCCAGGGAUUACCCCUUCGAAGGCAUCACAAUCGCAUUCAGAGUGAUUUCUAUGGUGGUUUGGCCAGCUCCGCCCUUGUUGUCAGAUCUGUAUCAUCUGUGGGCAACUAUGACUACAUUUGGGACUUUGUGUUAUAUCCAAAUGGGGCCCUUGAAGGACGGGUCCAUGCCACAGGCUAUAUCAACACAGCUUUCCUGAAUAGGGGAGAGGAGAGCCUCCUCUUUGGGAACCGUGUGGGGGAACAUGUGCUGGGGGCAGUACACAUACAUGCCUUCCACUUCAAGCUGGACCUGGAUGUGGCAGGGCUGAAAAACUGGGUGGUGGCUGAAGACAUGGUGUUUAGACCUGUGGCAGCCCCUUGGAGCCCAGAGCACCAACUGCAUCGCCCACAGCUGACUCGGCAGGUUCUGGCAAGGGAGCACCAGACGGCCUUUCCCUUGGGAAGUUCUCUUCCUCGCUACCUUUACUUGGCUAGCAACCGGACUAAUGCCUGGGGUCACCAGCGUGGGUACCGCAUCCAGAUCCACAGCCCUCUCGGCAUGCAUGUGCCCCUGGAGAGUGACCUGGAGAAGACCUUCAGCUGGGGGAGAUACCAACUUGCUGUGACCCAAAGGAAGGAGGAAGAGUCAAAGAGCAGCAGCAUCUAUUAUCAGAAUGACAUCUGGACACCCACUAUGACAUUCGCUGACUUCAUCAACAAUGAAACCCUCUUAGGAGAGGAUUUAGUGGCUUGGAUUACAACCAGCUUCGUGCACAUCCCCCAUGCUGAAGAUAUCCCCAACACAGUGACUGUGGGGAACAAAGUUGGCUUCUUGCUGCGACCCUAUAACUUCUUUGAUGAGGACCCCUCCAUUUUCUCUCCCAGCAGUGUCUUCUUUGAGAAGAGCCAGGAUGCUGAGCUCUGCAGUGUCAACCCUGUGGCCUGCAUCCCCCACCUGGCAAGCUGUGUCCCUGACCUGCCUUCUUUCUCUUACCAAGACAUUUGACCCGAGAAUGGGGUGUCACACUGUUUGUGUGAUGGGAAUAGCUAAAAUGUGUAUUUUCCCCUCUGCUCCACUGAUGCCCACCUCAGUGUUUCUUAAAAAGCAACCUCUUCCCACAUGGAAUUUCCAUAUA